CGGUCGGCGAUUUGAUCCUAAAAACAAAAACGACAAAGCUAUUCUUUCGUCCUACAAAAGGACAAAAUAUAUAUAAAUAUAUAGUCUACGCUCUCAAUGGAGACAGCAACACUGCCGCAUAGCAUGUGUGAUUUUUUAUUUUAUUUUUUAUUUUUUUUGAUCCACAAACACACCUCCAAAAAUUCCCAAGCAAAACAAAAUAUUUACAGAUGAUGAGUCAUGAUAAACGGACACACAACAUUAAAAAGCACGUGUGAAUCGCGGAUCUAUUUGUCAAUUUGAAAAGCGUGCAAAGAAUUUGGAGACAUCUCUCCCCAUAUUGCAACUUUCCCAUUCGUUGUGUACGUGCUUGCGCUCUCUCAGUUCUGUUUGAAGAGCAAAAUGACGUUUUGGCAUGAGAUCAUGUUGUCGUCGUCGCCCCCUAACAUUUUGGACAUGACAAAAACAAAAAGGAAGAACUGGAAGAAGCCUGUGAUCUUGUUGUUAAAUUAAAAGAGAUUACAAAUUGAAUAACAGCUACAGUCUUUAUUUGGCGCCCGAAAAAACGUUGCGUUGGGCAAGACAAUUGUGAAGGAUCUGCUUUUAUAUUUGAAUUGAAAAAGAAACGCUUCUUUUCUUCCUUUCUUUUUGAAUUUUUUUCAAAUGUGUUUAAAUGUUCGAUAUUUUGUGCAGCACUUUGUUCAUGUCGCAGUUGUUUUUGUAACAUUUUAUUUCGGAACCCAUUCAUCCAUCCAUUUUUUUGUACCGCUUCUCCUCACGCGGGUCGCAGGCGUGCUGGAGCCCAUCCCGCCUAUUUACUUCCGCAUAUGACGCGCUGCUUUUAUUUCGCUUUUUAUUUUGCACCAAUCUUGAAAAUGACCUCUAUCUUGCCAAAAAGAAAUGAAUAGCAGGUCAGAGACUUUGUUAAGCUUUUAGUUGAGUUUGGAAGAGAAACAAAAUGAAAAAAAAUCAAAAACUGUUGCAUUAGGCUGUGACGCAACAUUCGCAUGUCACGUGGAUUUCGCUUCCGUUCAACUUUAUUAAACAGAGGUCAAAGUGGAAGAAUCCUGCGAUGCAUGAAAAUUGCUUUCUAUACCUAUAUAUAUAUAUAUAUAUAUAAAUGUUUUCAUUUUAAGAAAAAAGGCUCAACUCUGCGUCUGGACGUGACGCUACUUCCGCCUCAGUCACGUGACGCCAGCCCCCGCCAAGAUGGCGUCCGCCGGCGGUUCACUGAUGGACGUGCUCUGUGAGGUUUACGAGUGUUCAGUGAACGCCACUCGACCGAGCCGAACCCCCGCGGAGGUGGCGCGCGCCAUCGUCAGCGGCGUGCGCGCGCACGAGACGGCGGGUCCCCACGGUAACGAGACGGACGCCAGCUGCUUGGCGCUGACGCUGAUCGGCCGGAUGGUUGCCAGGGCGACGGCUCCCGCUGCGCACGGCCGCGUCGCCGGCUUCUACCGGGAUGCGGUGGAGGUCCUGCUUCAGGACCUGGACGUGGUGUCUCAGAUGGUGGCCAAGUUUGGCUGCGAAGAGCAAAUGGUCAGCCACUUGGCCGCAAAGAGCGCCUCCGCCUGUGUCCUCUACCGACUGCAAGUAUCCGGGGUGGUCAGUCCCGCGUGGCAUCAGACAUGCCAGCGGGCACUCCUCAGUUCGCCCGCCGGCCCCGAACUGGACAGCGUCUUGUGGUCGCUGACCAGGGUCCUCCAGAAACUUCUCCAGGACAACCGUCAAGAACCGGUCAGGAUGCUUCUGAUGGCGUUCGACACGAGCGUCAGCGCCUCGACGUCCAGGUUCCUUCCCGCGGACCGGAGCCCCCUCGGCGCGCCAGACACCUCCUGCCUUCUGCUGGACCUUCUCGAACUUCUUACGGCGUCCGGUUCCGCGGCGCCCGCCGGCACGAGGGGUCCGAAGUUGACGUACAUCCACGCCGCUGCGUUGAUCGCCGCCGUUAGCCGUGCACCGCACUACUUUGUCAGCAAGAGGGCGGCGCUCUUGCUAAAGCGGGCGGCGCUGCGGAAGGCCGGCGAGGACUGGCUGGGGGCGUCCGGAGAGAACGCCGCCUCGGACGCCUCGGACAUCGGCGUUCUAGCCGCCGCGGUGUCGGAUGCGCUGGCGGCCGGUUGGUUGACGAGCGUCCGCGUGGAGUCGGCGCGGUUUUUCGGCGGGACGAGCGCCGCCAGAGGGGGCCCGGGAGACUCGGUGAUGCUGCGCGCCCUCGGCCUGCUCGUCAUCAAGAGCGUCCAGCAUCGCGUCGUGUCCGCCGCCGCAGGUGCCGCCGAGGCCGGUGGGCAUCUGGGCUCCCUGUGGCGUUUCCUGCGCCAGAAGGGCGUGCGGCCGACGGACACCGAUCACGACUGCGGCGUCCUCCCGCUGCUGUUCAGCGAGCAGGACGACGACAUGAUGGAGGCCGCCAAAGCCGCGCUGGUCAUCUUCCUCCAUCUCAGAGAUGACUGGCGCCAGGACGACUCCGCGCCCGUCCGAGCGUCCUGCGUCGCCGGCUGCAACCCGCACUGCCACUUCCUGUUCCUGCUCGGCGCCGUCUCGGCGGACCACCGCAUCCUGCUGGACUUCCUCAUCUCCACGGAAACCUGCUUCCUGGACUACCUGGUGCGCUACCUGCGCUACCUGAGGACCGACCGGCGGGGAUUCGCCGCCUCGUGCCGGCGGCUGGACGCCGGCGGCCGCUCUCUGGCUCCCUCCGGGGGGUGCCGCCUCGUGGACUACGAUGAUUCGGACGAAGAGGCGAGCGGAGACUCCCCGGGUUCGGAGCGGUUGCGGUCCAACGCGGGGGCGAGCGAUGACACGCUGGGUAGGGCGCUGGGCUGCCUGGUGCGACUGCGCCGCAUGCUGGCGAGGCUGCAGAACAAGAACCUUUUUCCGUACAAGGCAGACUCGCUCCUCAAACUCUUAACGCAAGUCAUACAACUGCUUAACGCCGACUGACGGACUCGGCGCUUCGUAUUAGAGGGCAAUAAUUCAUCGUUUCGUCCGCAACUGAUCAAUCAUCAAUUGUCCGAAUCCUCGCGAUUUCAGCCUCUCAACCGAAAAUAUUUUUCCGAUUUCUGCAGCCCUCCAUGUUUGCAGACUGAUUAUCUUUGUGUUGGAAAAGAAGGAUUGACAUUUGCUGAUUUUCUGACGGAUGUUACGGACCAAGCCGAGAACACGAUCAUCAUCAAUUUAUGUCAAUUUGAAAUCGUGUCCUGUUUUUCAAUACAAGUAUGGAAAUUGAAAAUGUUUUUUUCCGGUUCGUUGUUUCAUUGCACUGCGAUUGGCUGGCGACCAGUUCAGGGCGUGCCCCGCCUCCUGCCCGAUGACAGCCGGGGUAGGCUCCAGCACGCCCGCGACCCUCGUGAGGAGAAGUGGCUCAGAAAAUGGAUGGAUGGAUGUUUCAUUGCAAAAAUAAUUGUCAGAUUUAUCAAUUAUUCAAAUAA